AUGGCAGAAAAGAGACAGGGGCCACUUGUGAAUUCAGAUGAUAUUCAAGCGAAACUAGAUAAGCGUUUGGGUCCUGAGUAUAUUUCAAAAAGGGUUGGACAUGGAUCGACAAGAGUGGCGUACAUCGAAGGUUGGAAGGCCAUUAAUCUCGCCAAUCAGAUUUUUGGCUACAAUGGUUGGUCCAGUGAGGUGAAAAAUGUAACUAUAGAUUUUAUGGACGAGAAACAGGGCAGAUUCACCGUCGGUUGCACAGCGAUUGUUCGGGUUACACUAUCUGAUGGAUCAUAUAGAGAGGAUAUUGGUUACGGAACUGUUGAUAACGAGCGCCGAAAGCCAGCAGCAUUUGAAAGAGCUAAGAAAUCUGCUGUUACUGAUGCCUUGAAAAGGAGUCUUAGAGGAUUUGGUAAUGCAUUAGGAAACUGUCUGUAUGAUAAAGAUUUCCUAUCAAGGAUAGACAAGGUCAAAUUUGAGCCACCUGAUUUCGAUGAGGACAAUCUUUUCAGAGUUACAGACGAGCUCAGCGAGGUGACAAGAUCUAACACGGUACCGGAGCAUUAUGAGGGCCCGAUUGUUAAGAAACGCAGCAUUUUACAUCCCGCAGAAUCUGACACCCCAGCGCUGCCAAAUGACAAGCAGCGUGAUGCACGCGUUUCUGGAAACAUCAUGGCGACCAGGUUACGCCCAGCAAGUUCGGAGCUACAGCAUACUGUCGCUGAGAACGAUCAAGAAGAUCUUCUUGACGAUUCUUUUAUGUUCAGCGAUGAAUUGCAGGACGACGACCUAAUCAACAUCGGCCACGCUAAGAACGCUUCUAAUGCCGCCAAGAAUCCCGCUGUUCAGUUUACACCAGAUAUAGCAGCAAGAAAUAACGUUCCUGUUGCGUUUGUUACUGCCAAGGCGGCUCCAAGCUUGCAGAAUAAAAAACCAGUACCAACAGGCCAGAUUUUUAAUCCGAAGUUUCAAGCGCAAUCAAUAAAGCACACUGUUGACCAGUCCACAUCUACGCACGUCAAGCUCAGCAUACUAAGAGAAAAGGGCAUCGAUCAAUCCCGAGACGCUAUCUACGCUAAGUUCGCUCCAAAAGGUAAGAUAAUAGAUAACCCAGAUACCCCCACUACUCCCCUCGCUGAAUCGAACAACGGUACCGUAGCAAAUAAAGCAACGCCGUUGCCUUCCAAUCAACAAGAGAACAUUACUAACAAUUCUAGCGCAACAAAAUCCUCAUUGACCGAGGCGCCUAAUUCGCCGUACGUCACAGCGGCCCAAUUGGCAAAAAUGCCAACUCAAAUACAGCGAAGAGAAGUAGGUAGGCCUAAAGUAAACCAUCCGAAUUUGCGGAAGCCAUCAAUACCCUAA